AUGACCGCCGCCGCGAUUUCGCGGCUCUGGCCUGACGGCGGUGGUGUCGCGGGCCGGCCGUCGCGCCGUCCCCGCUACGUCGUCGAGGCCAAGACUACUGUUCUGCUGCUGGUGCCAAUUUUAAUGCUGGCCCUGGCGACGGCGUCCCGUGCCUCCGACAGCUGUGAUUGGAGCGGAAGCGGACUGACGUCGGAUUCGUCGGAACACUCGGUGCGACCCGUCCGAUUGGACCGGUGCUGGGCGGGCACGGUGCGCUGGUCGUACCCGCGAGGCGCGCUAAGGGUGGUGUUCCGGUUGACGGGCACCAGUGGCGGCCGCGAGUUCCGCGUCUGCCUCAAACCGGACAGGCUGGACGGCGUGCGUGUGCUGUUGGACAGCGCACCCCGUCGCCUGAUCGCCGUAUACGAUUACCGCAAGGCCGGCGAGCCGCUCCGGUCGAGGUGCUUCAAGAGCGUCGGCGGCACGGCCGCGUUCUACGUGGAGGCGGACAAGACUGGCGACCGGUCCGGUCCCGUCCGGUUCCGUUAUGAUCUCGAACCGCUCGCCGAGCCAGCUCCGCAACUUUUCGUAGCCGACAACCUCGACGACGAAUGCCGGCCGUGUACCGUAGAAGAAAUGACACAAGCUUACUGCACGAGUAGUUUAGUGGUCCAAGGCACCAUAGUGGGCGUGUCUUACGACGGCGACGUGUCGCGCGUGCGCGUGAUGCCCACCAAGGCGCACCGUCUGCCUCCCGAAGAGGACGACCUGCAGGUGCAAGUGUCACCGCCGCAACAGCAGCAAGAGGACGAAAGCGGACGACCGAGGCUCGACGAACGGCGGCCGAUGACCAUAACGUUCGGCCGGGGCUGCAGGCCUGCCGCCGGGCCCGGCGAGUUCGUGUUCAUGGCCCGCACCAAGUUCGACGAGUUGGCCCUGCGGUGCGCGCCCAGGCUGGAGGAAUGGAGGCAAGCCGUCAAGGCAGACAAAGCUCCAGGUUGCAUUCUGGCCGGUUGA